CUCCUCUCCACUCUAAUCGAAAACAGUUGAUGCGGCCUGGCUGCACAAUUUAACGGCUUCAAAGGAGCCACAGGCUGAUCACAGAACGCGUGUCUGCCGCACCUCACACUGGAGGGGGAAGAGCAGUGGCACGGGAGACACGGAGCAAUAGGAGGCGAACCAUGGGCAGGAAAACGACGACGAGCACUAUCGGCGAAAAAGAGCGAAGUUAGAGUUGGCUGGUUCAGCCUGCGCGCUCAACUCUGGAGCGCGGAUGCAAGCGGCCCGUCCGAGCGGCCCGUCCAAGCCAGGACCGGCUUCUCGUCCUGCGUCGUCUUCUGACGGCCCCGAGGCCCGGCGAGGGCCCCCAGAGAAGGAAGAGGAGGAGGAGGAGGAGGAGGAGGGGAAGGAGGCCGUCGUGCCCCUCAGGCCCCAGCCGCACCGAUCGCAAAUCAUACCCUGGCGUAGCCACACCCUUUGUGUCGCCGGCACUCGUUGCAAGCACAGCAAAUGCCACGCCCGGGAGGAGGGCCAGAGCGGCCCGGACUCGGUGCCAUUCGGGCGCCGAUUCGGUGCCAAGAGGCGGGGGUGAGGACGCCGAAGAGCAGCAGCGCCGAGGCCGAAAAAAACGAAACAUCGAGGGGGUCUGGGGAUGACGAGGAGGAUGGCAUGGGGGGCGGACGGCG